AUGUCACUCUUACAUGCCCUUCGCCAUGAAACUAAACCAGUUGCAUCGUCUACUGUACCUCGCGAGCUAGAUCUGACCCCCGCAAUCCCAGUCGAACAUGUUCCAGACACGCAGGUUUCCGUAGAAGAAAACUCGACUCCUAGAGAUGGCCAACCUGUCUUUGAACGGACGCUGCCCAGUCGGACGACUAAAUCGCGUCGAGUGGUCAUUACCACACUUCUUGUUUCGGCUAAUCUUGUACAGAUGACAGUCAAUUUUGCAGGCAUUGCCGGAGGAAGCGCCUUGAGUGAAUCAUUGGGUGCUAAAGACACCUACGCCUCAUGGAUUGCUGCUAGUUAUGCUCUAACCCAAGGUACCUUCGUGUUGGUUAGUGGUCGAUUGGGAGAUGUUUAUGGCCAUCGAGAACUCGUCUUAGUCGGGGGUGCCUGGCUCACCAUCUGCACCCUAGCCAAUGCCUUUUGUAACAACUUCUUCGCCUUUGUCACGAUGCGGGCUUUAGCUGGUCUUGGAGGGGCAUUAAUCAUGCCUAAUGCAGUGGCUAUGAUAUCCAGUACCAAUCCCCCCCGGUCGCGUGCGAAAUCUGAGUCUGGGUCUCUUUGUGCCUGUCUUGGUGUUAUCACAUUCACUCCUCUGUGGGGUUUGAGUCCGCGAGAACCUCCGGUCGAUCGUCAUGGAAAGAUCGACUGUAUUGGAUCGACUCUUGGAACAAGCUCAUUGAUUCUGUUCAACUUUGUUUGGAAUCAAGCACCGAGUGUCGGUUGGUCAACCUCCUAUGAGAUUGUUUUCCUGGUCAGCUCGAUUAUCCUCUUCGGGGGCUUCUUGCUUUGGGAAAGGAACUACGCCGCGGAGCCCAUCAUGCCACUCGAAAUCUUCAAAGCCCCAUCUUUCCUCAUGCUGCUCUUGGUCGUGCUCCUCAAUUAUAUGGCUGUCGGAACCUUGAUCUGGUACCAGGUCCUAUGGCUCCAAAAAGUCUGGCAUUGGUCUCCCCUCCAAUUUGCUGUGGGCUGGACCCCAUUCGUGAUCUGCGCCACGGGCGCUGCCUGUCUCGCAGCAUGGAUGAUCCCGCGAAUGGCAGCACAAUGGAUCCUAGCCAUUGGGACGGUCACGAUCUUAAUUUCUAAUGUGCUCAUGGCGACCGUGCCAAUCCACCAAUCCUACUGGCCCCAGAUUUUUCCUUCUGUGGUUCUGUUUUCAUUCUGUCCGGACUUUGUGUACACGGCUGGCCAAAUCAUUGCCAGCAACUCCGUCCGUCGAAAUCAGCAGGGGAUUGCUGCGUCUGUCAUCGGCACCUUGAAUCUGUAUGGAAACAGCCUCGGACUAGGGUUUGCAUCCACUAUUGAGGUGCAAAUUGCCCGCCGCUCGGGUAGCCAAAUCAUGGGGUAUCGAGCGGCACUUUUCUUCGGGGUUGCCAUCAGUGUCUUAGCGCUUAUACUUGAUAUCUGCUUUGUGCGACUAGUCAAGGAUGAUCGGGAGGGAUGGCAUGAGGAUGACCACAUAGAGGAAAUUGAGCUUACGGAACAGGCCGAAGCUACCGGCGUCCAUCUACCGAAUGUCAACCACUAA